AGCUGCGAGGGGGGAUGCUUGGAUGAAUAAAUAUUCAGUUAGCCCAAGAAACAAUCCAAGGAACUGAUUUCAGUUGCUUAUUAUUUCUAUAGCGAUAUCAACGGACGACCCACAAUGUCUGCCCAAGCUCAAAUGAGAGCUUUGCUCGACCAGCUGAUGGGAACAGCGAGGGAUGGUUCAGUGUAUCUUUGCCAGCCUACAUCAAUCUGCAAAGGAGUUGCAGAAAAGCCUCAUGUUCAUCGAGCCGUAUGGGCAAGAACACUGUUCCCAUUUAUACUUUUCUACAGCGGGUUUAAAAUUCUGCAGCUGAGGUCUUGAAGAUGCAGAAGGGAGAUGAGACGCGGCAGAGGGUCAAGUUCACUGACGAGCGGGUCUGCAAAAGUCACCUUCUUAACUGCUGUCCGCAUGACAUCCUGUCUGGAACUCGUAUGGACCUGGGGGAGUGUACAAAGAUCCAUGACCUGGCACUACGGGCAGAUUAUGAAAUUGCCUCCAAGGAGAGAGAUCUUUUCUUUGAGCUUGAUGCGGUGGAUCACCUGGAGUCAUUCAUUGCUGACUGUGACCGAAGGACAGAACUAGCCAAGAAGCGUCUCGCUGAGACACAAGAAGAGAUCAGCGCUGAGGUGGCAGCAAAGGCAGAGAAGGUGCACGAGCUGAAUGAGGAAAUUGGGAAGCUCCUUGCAAAGGCUGAGCAGCUCGGAGCUGAGGGCAAUGUGGAUGAGGCUCAGAAGGUUCUGCAGGAAGUGGAGAAGGUCCGCACCAGGAAGAAGGAUGCAGAGGAAGAAUACAGAAACUCCAUGCCGGCCUCCAGCUUCCAGCAACAGAAGCUUCGGGUGUGUGAGGUGUGCUCCGCUUACCUGGGUCUCCAUGACAAUGACCGUCGUUUGGCCGACCAUUUUGGUGGGAAGCUUCACCUGGGCUUCAUCCAGAUCAGAGAGAAACUGGAUCAGCUAAAGAAAACUGUGGUCGACAAACAAGAGAAGAGGAACCAAGAGCGCCUAAAGAGACGAGAAGAGAGGGAGAAGGAGGAGAGGAUGAAGAGGAAGACCAAAUCAAGGAGCAGAGAGCAUAGAAGGUCCCGUUCUCGUGACCGCAGAAGGAGGCGCUCGCGCUCCACAUCACGAGAUAGGCGCCGCUCUCGCUCGCGCUCCAGGGAGAGGAGGAGGCGCCAUCGCAGCCGAUCCCGCUCACGCAGCCGAGGACACCGCCACAGUCACGAGCAGAGCUCCAGACACAAGUCAUCCAGGGAUCGAGAGCGCUCGUCCAGAGACCGGUCACGGGAGCGAGAAAGAAGGGACGGCAUGAACGGCAGGUCAGACCGCAGGGCAGACGACAGGGACAUGGGGGACCUCUGAAGACCAAACUCCAUCCACAGCAACACACCUCCACAGCCUCCUCCCGUCUCCCACAUCUCUUUCCAUUUAUAAUCUGAAGUUACACACAGUUCUUGCCUUGACCCCUGUGUUCUCCCGCCUGCCUCCUUUUCUUUGCUUUAACAGUUAAUCAGCCGACCCAGAGUGUACACACAGCAGACAUUUUGGAUGGAGUCUUAUUUCUAGCAUCCACAGUCAUCUGUUUGCUUCUGAGUGUGCUCUAUUUUCCACAUCUGUAAUUUGAUAGCCGUCUGUUAACUGCCCUACGUUCAGUCCACAAGAAAAAGCGAAUUUGUCUGCUGACCUGGAGCAUUAAGUGUAACUGAUUCAUAUUCUUUGUUUAUUAACUGGUCUUUUGAUAAAGAAAAUCUGUCUGUACAUAUAAUUCAGGCCUACUGAUUGUUAUGGUCUGAUAAGCCUUUUCCUAUCAAGUAGGUUUUUUUUUUUUUGCCCUCUCCCUCUGAAGAUCUCCUUCCACUAUUUCAUGGCUUGAAUGUCUGUCCACAUAAUUGUCUCCUGUACUUAGUUCUCUAAAGUUUCAAAAUCAGAACAUCAACGUUUUAAAGUUGCUAGCAAUAGUAUCCAACCCAUGUCUCCUGUUGUGUUUUUUUUUUUACUAAUCAGGUUUUAUUUUAUUCCUCCAGUAGGGCAGGGGAUGUUUUUGGUUGGCCAGUAUAGGUUUUAAAUUGUAUUGAUGGAAAGUAUCUUGAUUUCUAGUUUGUUUCCAUGUUGCUUUAGUUUUAUUUAACAUAAUGAAAAUAAAUGGUAUGUUUGGAUUUGGUCGUCAGCAUGCGAGGCUGAAGGUUCAGAAUUGAUAUAAUGGAUAUUCAUAAAUAAAAUGUUUGGCCCAACUCAGACAGGUUCUCUUGUGACUAGAAUUAUAAUGAUAUUCAGAUUUUAAUGGAUGCACUGCUUUACCUAAUGUGUGAAGUCAUAUCUGUUCAUGUUUUUGCUGGAAAUCUUUCUUUAAAGUCUCAAUUAAAAAAAAUAUCCCACCAUUUGA